AUGUAUUCUACCAACUUCGGUGGGGAAAGGUUUCAAGAUCCAAAUGCCAGCCGUCGAAGGCGUCGCAAUCCCGCAUCCACAAACCAUUCUGACCCUACGUCCAUAGGUAUUUUCUCUACAGCAACUAGAAAUAAUAACCAGGAAUCUUCCCGUGACCGCAAAACACACUCGCAAGGGAGUAGUGGCACUGGCCACAGUUCUGGCCAUACCGGUAUGUCCUCAGGGCGCUCCCAUACGGGCAGUGGCGGUCCAGGCGGUGGCGGGCGGGGGGGCUCACAAGGCGGGAAUAGCCACCUUUCAGUCCGCGACUACAAUCGUCGCAUUUCUAACUAUGCCCGAAGGAGAGAUUUAAACGGGGCCCUCCGUACCUUGGAUGAACUCGAUCGCACACCAAAAGUUUCGCGCAACUUGUUCACGUACAACGCAGUCAUCAACGCACUAGUGAUGUGCUCGCAGCAUGCCAGAGCAGAUGAGUUUUGGCGUGAGAUGCAGGAUUCGGGCAUCGAACCGAACUUGGUCACUUUUAACACCAUGCUGAAGAGCUGCUUUGGCGGCAUGGAUGAAGAUGUGAACAGGGCAUUUCGGUUUCUCACAGAAAUGGAAGAUCGUGGAAUCAGUGCAGAUCGGGUCACGCUCAAUUCACUGAUUAAUGCCUGCGUGUCGGCGGGCAGAGUGCGCGACGCACAAGAGGUUUACGAAAAAAUGCGACAGCUUGAUAUCGAGCCAGAUGCGUACACAUUCUGUACCCUCGCGAAACAGGCACGUCACCAAUGCGACGUCUCAAUGCUGGACGCCCUUUUGCUUCAUCAGCUGCACCAUCACACCAUUCUGCAACAACGUAGCGACUCCGACAAUGAAGACCCUGAUCUUGCUCUCCAGAUAUCUCCUGUUGCAUACAACACCAUCGCAGAUGCGUACAUUCGCUGCGGAUACCCUGCUCGUGCGAUUAACCUGCUUGAGAAAAUGCGUGACGGUCGUGGCAAGCCCGACGAUAGCCGUCCAACGCUCCCAACUCCGAAGGAUACCAUUCCCGUGUCUCCGGACGUACAAACCUUCAAUGUGAGGCUGAAGGCACUUCGAGAGGCGGGCGCUCCGUCAUCUGACGCUUUCGCAACAUUAGAGGAAAUGAAAACACUCGAACUCGAAGCAGACCAUAUCACAUUGCUGACACUUGCUGAUUUAUGCUGCCGUCGAGAAGAUAUGGCUCUAGCCGAAGGUGUUCUUCGGGCUGCAACUAAUGCAGAUGUGAAAGAAUUUGAAAAGGGCUCACAAGAAUGGAAGAAUCUGUGUAAUGGGCAUCAGUCGUUUCGUCAGCAAACAGGUGGUGGGCGGAGCAGGACUGGAAAUAGCGCGUAUGGAAUGUCUCAUGCGAAGAGAAACACAAACACAGGCAAUCACAUGCAAUCCCAUCACACUUCAAACCGCCGUAACGCAAACCAGCCGCGAAAUGCGAAAGCGAAUGCAGCGUUGUUCAACGCUCUAAUCCGGGGAUAUUCCUCAUUGGACCCGCCGAACGUUGAUGCCGCAGUGGCAUUGUAUGAAGAAAUGAGGCGAUUCGUUGACAAGUAUGGAUUCUCAUGGUAUUCCGCUGACUCUGUGACAUACACGAUGCUAGUCGAUGCUUUCGCUCGAGUUGGGGAUGCGGAGCAGGCAGAAAAGAUAAUAUGUGAGAUGGAAUCCGCUGGAAGGUCGAACGUCGUUGCAUACAACGCCUAUCUGAAGGCCAACCGUGGGAACGGAUUUAAAGCGGCACUCUCAGUCCUAGACCGAAUGAAGAAGGCAGGACUUCGUCCCGAUGUUGUGACUUACAACACGGUGAUCGAUUUCUUGAGCGCUGAGGAAAAUGGCACGCAAAUUGCCGAAGGCCUUGUCCGCGUAGAUAUGCCAAGAAAUGGGGUGCGACCAGACCUUCUGACCUUCAACACGCUGAUCAAAGGGGUGGCACGAAACAGAGGCAACAAGUGUGAUGCCAGUACUGCGUUGGGGGCUGCCUACCGAUGGCUCCGUGAGCUUCAGGCAAGAGGCCUGAAGCCUGAUGAGUUCACGUAUCAAAGUAUGGUCAGUGCAUGUGCAGCUGCCGGUGAUGCCCCUCGCGCACUCGAGUUCUUUCGAAAGGUAGAGGCUGAGCGAGCGAAACGAGUGUCAUCUCAUGGGCGUUCGUCGGCUUUCUCUACUAAUUUUUCCGGUCACAAUUCACUCCGUACUCGGUACACAUAUAGCAAUGGUGUGUCUCCUGCGCACACCCUCCUUCCACGGCAUGUACCUAGUUCGCCAUCAUCGAAUCUCGGAAUAAGCCGCAGCCUACCGGUGCACUCACAGUUUUCUGGUCACGGAGAUCAAACCUCUGCUGAUUGGAUGCUCCUGCCGCAUCCAGCAGCUUACAUCGCUCUCAUGCGAGCAUUCCUCUCUUCAAACGCCAAAGACGGUGUCGAUUCUGUCUUGCUCUUACGGGAUGAAAUGAUUGCAAGAGGUCUUGAGCUGGGCAGGACAGGAUACACCGCUGUGGCAGAUGCAUACGCCGAGAGAGGUGACUUCUCUAGUGUCGAGGCUACUCUUCAAGAAAUGCGCCACCGGGAAGGACUCCUUCCGGAUCAGAAGUUUAGCCCAGUACAUCAUUGCAUUCGAAUGAAGGCUCUCUGUAAUGCUGGCCGUCUUGACGAUGCAAUCGCGAUUCUCCCGGAAGUUGAAAAUGCGGACACUGCCGUGUUUAAUGUCUUAAUUUUUGCUUGUGCCAAGAAUCGCGACAUGCACAGGAUGAUAUCCGUUCUGAGAUCCAUGGAAGCUCGCCAGAUAGAGCCGGACGCAAUUACGAGCCGUGCGAUGAGCAGCAUGAUGAAGAACAUCGCUAGGACCUUGAGAACUUUUAACGCCCAGUUCUAUAACAAAGUCGCCGCAUUCACCAAAGCCGCCGCAAAUGGACAUGCUGACGGGUAUAUUCGUGAUGUGCCUGAAGUAUGA